AUGAAUCCUGAAUCAAAUUUGAAUAACAUCCCAUUCGGAAUCAAAUUCAAAAUCCUGACACAAACAUUCGACUCAAAGGAUGAAGAAGUAGAUCCAAAUUCUGUUGUUAGAGCUCGUGGACUUCCUUGGCAAUCAUCAGACGGUGACAUUGCCAGGUUUUUUAGGGGAUUAAAUAUAGAAAAGUGA